AUGCGACGACCUGCACCUACCUUGGGCCUGCUGGCUCUGCUGCAGCUGGUGGCUGCCCAGGAAGAAUGUCUCAGCCUGACGACCAACUUUCCAGAGUGUGCCUUCUCGUGCAUCAUCUCGGCCGGGUCGGCCGUAGGAUGUACUGUCGCAACUGACGUCGCCUGCCGCUGCACUCCCGAGUCAUCGCAGGCCAUUGUCCAGACGGCCCUUGACUGCGUCCUUGCUGGCUGCCCAUUCAGCGAGUUGAACAAUGUCAUUGCCGCCGGAAGCUCUGUAUGCGCCUGCGUAGCCACUGCCACGCCGGAGCCCCCAGAGACCACUCCGACAGACAUCUCUACAGACAUCUCCACGGCCACGGCCACGUCCACUCCUGAAGAAACCCCCUCAUCCACUCUCACAUCUACGCCCGGAGAUGACACCACCGUGGAGCUGCCCCCGACCACGAGCACCAUUGAGCAGUCGGUCACCACGACACCUCCUCCCGAGGUCACCUGCAGUCCGGACUCCCCUUGCCAAGAGAGCGCCGACGCCGUGCCUGACUGUGCUAGAGCAUGCAUCAACUCGGCUGCGGUCACUGAAGCUGGUUGUCGCGAGGGCGACUACGGGUGCUCGUGCGCGUCCCAGUCCAUCAUCCAGCCCGCCGCGCAGGGUUGUGUGAUUGACGGGUGCGGGAUUCCCGGUGCCAUAGAGGUAGUGUCAUCCGUGGCUGCCUUGUGCGACUGCGUCGAGGCCAGCCCAAUUGAACCGUGCGAUGGGAACGAACCGACAGCGACGACGACAACAUCAAAUGGAGGCGGUGACGAUGGUGAUGAUGAUGAGACCACAACGAGCACCACCCCUCCUGACACGGAGACCACGCAGCCUCCGCCAGAAACAACCUGUGAGGGAGGGACUACGUCGGACUGUGGCCCGGUAGCCUCGACAGCCAUCCCCGAGUGCGCCCAAGCCUGCUUCACAAGUGCCGCCCCUGGUGUGGGUUGCGGUGUCGAUGACUUUGGCUGCCAAUGCGAGGAGGAAGCCCAGGCAUCGCUGUCGCAGCUGCUGAUCCCAUGUGUGGCCACGGCGUGCGAUUCUGGUGAUCUGUCCGCUGUGAUCACAGGCGCGGCCUCGGUCUGCGCGUGCGCUUCGGCACCGCCCUCUGGAGGGGAUUGUCCAACGACGACCGACGACAAGCCGCCUUCCACCACCACUGGUGGGGAUGACGAUGGCGAUGGCGGUGAUGGCGGUGAUGGCGGUGAUGGGGAUGAUGGGGAUGAUGGCGCGACUACAACGUGCGCUGAUGCUACAGCACCUGACUGCGGCCCUGUUGCUACCUCUGUCAUUCCCGAGUGUGCCCAGCCAUGCUUCACCCAGGGCGCGCCUGACGUUGGCUGCGGUGUCGAGGACUAUGGCUGCCAGUGUGAGCCCGACGCGCUUGCUUCGCUAUCGGCCAUCCUCGUCCCUUGCGUGGCCACAGCCUGCCCACCAGCGUCCAUCCCCUUGGUGAUCGAGGGUGCCAGCUCUGUGUGCGACUGUGCCCUGGCUGGCCCGACUGGCGGCUGCCCUGGCAACGGGGGUGACGGCGAGCCCACCAAGGAGCCGCCAUCGCCUACCAAGACGAGCGACGAUGGCGCCCCCGAGCCCACGACCUGCGCGCCUGGCACGCCUGCUGAUUGCGGCGCCGUAGCCACAUCGGCAGUGCCCGACUGCGCGCAGCCCUGCUUCACGUCGGCGGCUCCCGGUGUUGGCUGCGACGCCGACGACUACGGCUGUCAGUGCGAGCCUGACACCCGGGCGAGUCUGAGCCAGCUACUCAUCCCCUGCGUGGCGACAGCUUGCGACUCUGGGGACCUGCAGGCCGUCAUCACCGGCGCCGAGUCAGUGUGCGCGUGCGCGACCACGACGGCGGAUGCUACCGGCGGAGACUGUCCGGCGCCCACAGGAGGCGACGGGGAUGCUGGUGACGAUGACGGUUCCGAGGGUGGAGAGGACGGCGGCAGUGGAGGAGGCGGUCAUGACGAUGGCGAUGGCAGUGAUGGCGGGAGCGAUGGCGGCAGUGGAGACAAUGAUGGCGGCAGUGGAGGAGGCGGUCAUGACGAUGGCGACGGCAGUGAUGGCGGGAGCGAUGGCGGCAGUGGAGGCAACGAUGGCGGCAGUGGAGGCAAUGAUGGGGACGGUGGCAAUGGAGGAAACGGUGGCAGCGACAAUGGCAGCGACAAUGGCAGCGACAAUGGCGGCAGUGGAGAUGAUGGAGAUGGUGGUGGUGAAUCUGGUGAUGGCGAUGAUGGCGCAGGCCCGCCUGUGGUUCCUCCAUCCAGCGGCGCGCGACUCGAGAUGGGCAUUGUCGCUGGUGUCUUUGGCGCUGCCUGGCUCGUGGCCGUGGCGCUGUGA